UCUCUCCUUCUUUCCCUCUCCUCCAUGCAUUUAUUCACACUCCAUUUCUGAGUACCUUGCUUCUUCUGUCUCUUCUGGCAUUUUCUUUCUUAGAGGGCAAAUUGCUGUAGAACUGGAAACAAAAAUGGAACCGGCGUGCUUUGACUGUAAUGGGGGUGUCUCAAGGAGGAAAAAUUUGAAAUCAAUUUCUUCACAGACUAGCACAGCUGAUAGUGACCAUGGUUGCUUUGAGUGCAACAUAUGUUUGGAGUCAGCUCAUGAUCCUGUGGUCACUCUGUGCGGUCACUUGUACUGCUGGCCUUGCAUAUUCAAGUGGCUUCAAGUUCAGGACUCUUCCGAUGAAUCAGACCAGCUGCAACCUACAUGCCCAGUUUGUAAAGCCGAUCUCUCUCAUACUUCAUUAGUCCCUCUUUAUGGCAGAGGUGCGCAUAGUUCGGAUUCUGAGCCCAAGAAAACCCAGAUGGAUAUAGGAAUACCUCGUAGACCGCCUCCUCACACAUCGAAUGCUACCUUAAAUUCUCCAAGUGCAUCUACUUCUCAACUGGGUCAACUCCCAAGCUACUUCCAGUCGCAAACGCAGCAAUACUUGCCUCACCUUUAUGGAGGAUAUGCUAUUAAUAGAACACCAUAUCUUGGUGUUGCAGCCCUGACUAGUCUCUCCUAUCCUAUUAUUGAUAUGUUCAGGGAAACGGUCUUUGCAGGGAUCUUUGGGAGUUCCGGUUCUAAUUCAUUGGCGCAUCGUUAUGCCCGUUACUACCCUCAUAUUAGGAGUGACAGUCAUAGAAUGAGAAGGCAGGAAAUGCUCAUUGACAAGUCUCUGAGCAGAGUAUCUUUCUUUCUCCUCUGUUGUGUCAUUCUGUGUCUUCUCUUGUUUUGAAGAUAUUAAUGUAGACUUUAUAGACAAAUGACUUGUGUAGUCCUAGAUAUUAAGUACUGUUUAGAGAUUGGCUGUAGGUUAUGUGAAUAGUAAAUAGCAUGUCUUGGUUUGAUUUUUAUCCCCCUCACUGUCUAGAAUAGCAGAAAGAGAAAGCAUAGAUAAUGCUUUAUCCUUCUUUUGCCCAAAUAUAAUGUAUUAUAUAUGUAUUAUAUGAAAGUGACUGUAGAUUAAGUUUCAUAUGCCUGAUUUGGAGCCAAAUGUGUCGUGAGGUCUGUGGACUAGAUUGUUAUGGGGAAGUUGAAGGGAGAAUCUUAACAUCAGAACUCAUUCGUGUAUGGUUGAUGCCAAAAACAUCGACCCUUUUUGGAUUUUGUGUUUGAGCUGUGUUAUAUCUAUUUGUAAUGAGGAUUGUGAAUCUGGAUGUUUUAUAUUCUUAAAGAUGAAUGUAUUUAAUAUAUUGAAAAAGAAA